AUGAUAGUUCAAUCAAUUGAUCUUUGCAAUGUCUGCAAACUAGGCUCUUGGAUUAUCCUACAUUUCACAUUCUUAACGUACGGUCUUUUAACUUGGUUCUUUCAGUCAAGGGACAUGUAUUUCUUGAAGAAAUUCUUGAAUUUGAAGGGAGAUGACGCUUUUAGAAUGAAUGAAGUGCUUGUGUCCAUUUGGUACAUAAUGGACUUUGUUGUUAUUGUUUGUUAUCCUAUAAUGUGCAGCUCAAGAAGCAAAGUUCCUGUCUGGCCUUUCUUGAUACUUUCAUGCUUUGGCGGGCCGUACGCUCUUCUUCCCUAUUUUGUACUGUGGAGACCACCGCCACCUCCUGUCGAUGAAAGUGAGCUCACAAGAAGGCCUCUCAACUUUCUUGGAUCCAAAUUAACUGCUUGGGAAAGAAACUUUUCACUUCCUGUUCACACUCAACUUUCUGGAAGAUACCGUUUAGCAUCAGACGGAAACAUUCAACCGAUCUUACAAUUUGAUAUUUCCUGUGUUUCUCCCUCCUUUUAUGUUAUAUCACUUGCUGCAGGACUAGGUUUAAUCGUCUCUGCGGGUCUAGCAGCUGGGGCUGACUGGAAGGAAUAUUACCAGUACUUCAAUGAGAGUAAAUUUAUCCACGCGACGAGCCUUGAUUUCACCCUGCUAUCUGCAUUUGCUCCGUUUUGGGUCUACAGCGAUAUGACUGCCCGGAAAUGGUUCGACGAUGGUUCUUGGCUUCUGUUCUUAUCGUUGGUGCCACUCGUAGGCCCUGCUCUGUAUCUCGUCUUACGGCCAUCGCUACCAACCGAAAACGUCACUUAG